AUUACCCCUGGCAGGCACAAACCUACGGACAGAACCAAAGCAUAUUGUAUUUCUGUCCAACUUACUCCAAUUGUUCAAGUUCUGCCAAAUAUGCAAGCAUGAUAACCCUGAGAUAGAAGUGAAAGAAUGUGGAACAAGUGUUUCAAUAAAGUCAAAAUGCCCUUCGUGUAUGCAGGAGAUGGAUUGGCAUAGUCAGCCAUAUAUGCCUGGUUCAAAUUCACAGAUAAGAGCUGGUAAUUUCCUUCUUAGCUUCUCAAUACUGGUUAGUGGAGGAUCACCUGGAAGGACUGUGAAGCUUUGCAAACAUAUUGGACUUGGCUGCAUCAGUUUGAAAACAUACUACAUAUAUCAGAGGGUGAGUAAAAGAAUAUACAAUAUAAGUUGCUUUUACAUUACCAUCUUGCCCCCAACAUUUCAAUACUAAUCUAUGGAUGUGCUGGUUAUUACAUAGUUACUGUAUUAGUAGGAGCUGAUACAAUUGUAAAGUGUAAAUUAAAACAGAUUGGUUAAAAUAACACAUAAAUUGGUUAUUUCAGUCUUGAAUGGAGGGUAUUAUUAAAACAUCACUAAAAUACUUUUUCUGUUGUAGGAAAAAUUAUUUCCAACAAUUCACAUAUAUUGGGAGAAAUACCAAAAGAAUGCAUUGGAAAAAGUUAAAAAAGAGAGCAGUGAUGAGAUAGUUGUUGCAGGAGAUGGUAGGCAUGAUAGUAUGGGCCACAGUGCCAAGUUUUGUGCUUAUACCAUCUUCUGUUGCAAUGUACCUAUGAUAAUUCACUUUGGCAUUGUGCAGGUAUACAGUAUGACAUGCUCUGCAUUUUAAAUAACACAGAGUAAUUUUUAUUCGCAAUAUAAUGGAUUACAUUAAAUUUUGAAUUUAGAGAAAUGAAGCUGGAAGUAGUCCUGCCAUGGAAUUUAUGGUAUUCAAGAAGUAUAUGGAUGGUCUAAUUGGUUGGGACCUUCUGAUUCAAACAUUCAUCUCCGAUAGGCACAAGUCGAUCUCCAGUCAUAUGAGGAAAGUGUUGAAGCACAUAACUCAUUGGCAUUUGAAGAAAAGUAAGUUUGUUGAAUUAAUUUUUUAAUAUUGCAUGUACUGUUGUAGGACCAAUAUCUGGUUACCUUGCUUGUUUCCAGUGGGUUCUCAACCUCGUACCUGUGGUCUUUCCUCUUGUGGAGAAAAGAUCCUGGUAGAUGCUGGUCACAUGAUUUGCUAAAAUUUAGCAGAUUUCUAAUUAACUACCUUGGAUUCCUUUACGACAAUCAUCAAAAAGCAAUUUAUAAUUUAACUUUUCUCCCCUCGCCAAAAGGGAAGACCUGGUUACAAGGUUGUGGGUUUCUUGGCAGUCAGUUAUAAUUUGAUGAUGUAAAGACACAAGUUAUUUUAUUAUUUUUCAUAGAAAUUCGUAAGGUGCUGUCCAAGAUAGCUAAAGAGAAAGGUUUAAGAUUUGGCUGACUGGAUCAAGCCAUGUCUUAACCACCUUCAUUGGAGUGCCACAUCGACAUAUGAUGGUAAUGGCUUGGUUAUCUGGGCCAAGUUUAAAGCAUUUAUGAGCCAUGUUGUGAAUGAGCACUCUGAUUUAGAAGAUCCUCUCUUUAACAAAUGUGCUCAUGGUGAUAUUGGCCCUAGGAAAUGGUUAACAAAAGGUAUGUUGAACAAAAUGAUCACCUAUAAAAUAUAAAGAGAGAGUAUUUUUGAUGCAUACAGAAGUUUAUAACUAAAUUUUUAAUAGAGUAGUCCAGUCAAUCUGUGACCAGAGGUCAAAGAAAUUGCAAUAGAAUUUUUUUCAGUGGUAAAAUGUGAGGGAAGGUGUCCUGAUUAACAUACUAAAAAUCAAAAAAAGUCCCUUCGGUGGAACAUGGUGAAAAUCAAGUUUUUCCUAUAUACUUAGACCUGUAGAAAACCAUUGUGGACAGAAUGUUCAAAUUUUGAAAUCAUUUUUAGGCAAAUGUAACCUACAUUAUUGGAAAGCUUAAACAAAACUAUAUUAAGGUCAAUUAAACCGUUAUAUUCAAUUUACUGGUCAGUUUGUCGUUAUUCUAGCUCAAAGUUGGAAAAAUAGCGCAAAAUUUGCAAAAAAUACAAAUUUAUGGCAUUUUAAAUCUUGUAUAACUUCGGCUGGAUAGGCAAAAGCAAGGUAACAACCGUUUAAUGAUCUAUAUUUUAGUUUUUUCUAAGCUUUCCAAUGAUGCAUGUUAUAUUUGGAAAAACAAAAUUCAAAAUUUCAACAUUUUGUCUGCAAUGCAAUGGUUUUCUAUAGGUAGAAGUAAGAAAAACUUGAUUUUCACCAUGUGUUAAUAUGUUAAUCAGAACAACUUUUCUCACACUUUACCAGUGAAAAAAAAUCUAUUUCAAUUACUUUGAUCAGGACCAUGUACUUAUAGUGAUUUGACUGGACUAACUUUUAGAAUAAUUGUAUUUGUUACAGUGUGACAGACUUGUGAGUUGUGGUACAGCAGAUAUUUUAUAUUUAUAAGCCCAAAAUAAAAGCAAAAUAUGUAGAGUAUGUAACUUAAACUGUUGAUAGCUGUGUUACACUGUUACACUUACAAAAUUUUCCUGGUACAGUAUACAUAUCUUGAAUUAAAAACUGAAGCAUAUAAUAUUUUACAAUUUUAAAAUGUUAUAACAUUCACCACAUAUAGGAACCCCGUUACAUGAUCGGCUUUGUGCAGAGCUGACGAAGAAAUCCCUGGUUGCUGGUAUAAAGAAAGCUUCACCAUUAGCUCAAACCAGCUGUUUGGAAGGCUUUCAUUCUGUUCUAAACCACUUUGCCCCAAAGAUGCUGGCAUAUUCCUACACUGCAAUGUAUUGCCGGUAUGUACAUAUACUUUGUAAACCAAUGUUGAUUUAUCUACAGUAUUCCACUGUCUGUGGUAUUGCAAGUGCAAUACAACACACUAUUAAAUUAAUUAUUGUACCCGGAAAGUAAAAUUGCACUUCAAAGUUUCAAAGUAAUUUCCAGAUGAAGGGUCAUUUUGUUCUUAUUUUUCAGGUUACUGUAUUUUUAUCACACUUUUAUUACCACAUAUUACUUUAUGUUGUUUUGCAUCAUAAAAAUGGCAUUAGAAUAUAUUCUAUGAGACAUACAGGAUACUCUACUAUAAUCACAGCAAGAUGAAAUUAAUUUAUUGUGAAUAUUUCAAUUUGAUAGGCAUAUCUUAGCAGCUGUUCAUUUCAACUGUAACCUCCAAAGAGAUGUUCAGUUGCACAAGACGACCAACCAGAAAAGGAUUACAGCAUCAUAUCCCAAGUUCAAGAAUGGUGAGGCAGUUGUUCGGGAUGUCAGAGUGAAGCCAAAUUUUGGUAAGAUAAUUUUGGUAUCUGUGAAUUCCCAGAAUAUUCUCCAUCUAUGUCUCUUGCUAUGUUUUAGUGAAGUCGAUAUGCUCCCUGCCUAUGGCCUAUACCCUCCUCAGACCAUAGAGAUUAUAAAUAACACUAGAGGAGACAUCGCAAUCUUGACAUCAGGCAAAAAAAGUAAUGCUGCUAUGAGGGGGAGGGGGGGGGAGCAAUGAGAGCACAAUUUUAUAUCUGGGACUUGAAUUUUCCCCCAAUUAGCCGCGUUCCCAUUUUUUAACCUUGAUGUGUCGUCUAGUGUUAUUUAUAAUCUCUAUGCCUCAGACAUCCACCAUACAAUACACACCCACCAUAUUUGACCGAAAUAAUUAUAGUGAAAUAUUGAUCAAUGUAUACCAUGAACCCACGUAUAUAUCCAUGUUUGAUUUGUACAGAAUACAUCGAAGAAAUAUUUCAAACUUUUCUUAAUGCUACCAAAGAUGAUCUCAAAAAGGCAGCCAAGCAACUGAAAGAUAAUGUCCCACCUGCUAUGAAUAUGAUGCUUAACAAGCAAUCGAAAGCAGAGGCAGUUAAGAAAAGAGAUGAGAGGAAAAAAAUUGUUGUGAAGAAUGUCCCUCCAACCACACCAGGUAUUUAAUUAAACAUUAAUUAAAACAUAUUGUUAUUAUUCAAUUAUUUUGUACCAUGUCUUAAUUGCAAAGUGCUUACAUGUAGAUAACCAGUGGCGGAAACUGGGGCGGGGGCAGGGGGCGAUCUCGCCCGCCCGCUCCGAUUACUUUAGCUACCUUUCAUUCCGAAAAAUGUAACAUGCGGGCUACACACUAUACCUGGCAAAUAAGGGGCUCCCAUAGCCAGAUGACGUAAAAAAUCAUGUGUUUUGAAAUUGUAUUUCCAGUUGGGAUUAGCUCACAGUCGAACCAGAAAUGGAAAUACUAUGACAGAUACAAAUUUGAAGAUUUUGGCUCGAAAAUGACACUCUAAAUAGUGUCUUUGAUAGCGAUCCGAACAAGAGCAUUUCCCCAUACCCCCUAGAAAUCUUGUGCCAAAGGCACUCAUCCCCCCUAUAUUUCGCAAAGUUUCCGCCACUGUAGAUAACCCAGUAUGCUUGCUGUUAAUAUAAAUCUUUUUGUUACUGUAGUUUCACUAGUUGUUGCACAGAGCCAAAAGAAGUGUAAAGCACCACCAAAAUGCAGGGCAUGUAAACAACCCAUGAAAGGACACAAGUUUGUCACAGACUGUCCAAGGAAUGCAAGGAGCACACCAUAG